AUGCCUACAAUUAAAAAGCUCGACGAAAAUGUCAUCAACCGUAUAGCUGCGGGUGAGAUCAUUGUCCAGCCUGCAAAUGCUUUGAAAGAGCUCUUGGAAAACUCAGUAGACGCAGGCUCUACUAUGAUUGACGUUUUGGUGAAAGAUGGCGGCCUCAAGCUACUUCAAAUCACAGACAAUGGCUCAGGAAUAGCUCGCGAUGACAUGAAUUUACUCUGUGAGAGAUUUGCUACUUCGAAGAUUUCCACCUUCGACGAUUUGACUCUGAUAUCGACUUAUGGUUUCCGAGGCGAGGCUUUGGCCAGUAUAAGUCACAUUUCUCGACUCUCAGUUGUGUCAAAGACAAAGGACUCACAAUUGGCAUAUAAGGCAUACUAUGUUAACGGAAAACUUGCCACGGCUAAGUUUAAAGCAGACCCAACUGGAGAAAACUCCGCUCCAAAGCCGAUUGCUGGCAAAGACGGCACGCAGUUCACAGUGGAAGACUUGUUUUACAAUGUUCCUUCGCGGCUUCGAACAAUGAAAAGCAAAAGCGAAGAGUGGGCAAGAAUCCUAGAUGUAAUUGGACGUUAUGCUAUUCAUACUGAAAAUGUUGGUUUUGCGUGCAAAAAGUACGGCGAGUCCUUUCCAUCCAUUUCAACGCGACCUCAGGCUCCUCUAAAAGAAAGAAUACGAACAGUUUUUGGCACCCUGGUUGCUAGUGAUCUAAUAGAGUUUGAUAUAAAGCUCGAGGAGUACGGUCUAAAGCGCUUGAAAGGUGCUGUAACAGGUUUCAGCUACAUUAACAAGCGCAGAAUGAACCCCGUGUUCUUCAUCAACAACAGAUUGGUUUCAUGUGAUCCGUUAAAGAGAGGCAUAUCUUCCAUUUUCCAAGUAUUUUUACCGAAGGGAAACUCUCCCUUUGUCUAUCUCAGUAUGGAUAUUGCUACUCAAAACUUAGACGUCAAUGUUCAUCCAACAAAAAGAGAGGUCAGGUUUCUAUAUGAAGAUGAAAUUAUUGAGCUUGUGUGUCAACAUCUUCAUGACGUGCUUUCUACUCGAGAUACUUCCCGAAGUUUUAAGCAGAGUACAUUGAAAAGAAACACCGACACCGGCAAUAUGGACGACGUGUCUUCAGCAGUAAAAAAAUAUAGACAAGAAAACAAGCUUGUACGCGUGGAUGCACUGCAACCCAAAAUCUCUGCAUUUGUGAGACAUGAUUUUGGAGAGAUUAUCAAAAAUUCCGCCUUGGAUGACACUCAGAGCGAGUCCCAACACAUCAAAAGUGGUGAGCCCGAAGAGGAAGACACAUUUAUUGAGGGAGAGUCUAUCAUAAAUGGGACUCAGAUUGAAAAAAGCAUGCAAAACCAAACAUUACCGGUCUCACACAUCCAAUUUUCUCUGACGAAUCGUCAAAGACAGAACAUCGUUUUGGACAGUCUUAGUGAACUUAAACAGGAGAUAGAAGAUUCAGUCAGUCGGCCGCUCACCAACGUAUUCAAUAAUCUAGUGUACGUUGGAAUAGUUGACUCGGAGAAACGACUUUGUUGUUUUCAAUACGAUGUGAAGUUAUUUUUGUGCGAUUAUGGCGCCAUGCUCUGUGAAUACUACUAUCAAGUUGCCCUAAGUGAAUUUGGCAAUUUUGGCGAAAUUGUUUUUGACGAACCAGUUACUCUUGAGGAAAUAUUGGCCCCACUAUACGAGCAACGUGACGAUCUUGAAGAAAAGACGCAAGUGAUAGAAAAAAUAAUGGCCAUGGCUCAGAUGUUUAAGGAAUAUUUCCAGCUAGAAAUCAGCGAUGGGACAUUGCAGAUGCUUCCAUUACUUAUGAAAGGUGUCACUCCGCCUUUACGGAAGUUGCCCUUUUUGAUUUACCGUCUCGGUACAAAAGUUAACUACGACGAUGAGAAGGAAUGCUUGAGAGAUGUGAUGCGCCAAUUAGCACUAUUUUACAUUCCAGAGAGAAUAGUAGCCACGAAUGAUUCCGAGGAAGCGAACCAGGUUGCACUGAAUGAAACUGAUGCUUUAAACGAUCUCCUCGAAAACACCAUAAUGCCUGCCGUGAGGCUGAGGUUCAUUGCUCCGGAAAAACUACUCAAUCAGGUAUCACAAAUUGCAGACCUCCCGGGACUAUACAGAGUUUUCGAGAGAUGUUAA